AUUAAUUCAGGGUAUUCAGGGUUUGCAUAUUUAAUUUGUAAAUUUCCUAUUGCAAUCCAAAGAUUCAGGCACUUAAUAACCAUAACCACUAAUACUAGAGAAGGUAAAAAAAAUAGUCAGUUAAUAAACAAAAAAUUUCAAUUAUUAUUGGUUCGUACCUCGCAGUUAAAAGUAUGUGGCAAAUCAGAUGAACUUCUCCGUUUUUAUCUAUCGAUCUAUCUUUCCCAUGAUUCCGGCAUAUCUGAUCUAUUUUCAGCAAAAGCGUUUUUCCAACAAUUAGAGAUAAAUGUUGAGGCUUCUAUGGUUGAUGCGAGCAAUUUAUCUGUACCUUCUUCUUCUACUCAAUCUAUAUAUCGUCAUCCUCCGGGAAAAUCGCGUUCAAGUUCUGCGACUACUUCUCCUUCAAUACCUGGAACUCCUAUUUGUUCUUCUGUCUACAAAAGUUUAAAUAAACCAUCUGAAGGAACUAUCAUUUAUUCAAACACUUAUAAUAUGAGUCUGGAUGAUCGAGGUAUGGUGGUUACGAAGCGUAAAGGUUGUUGGAUUUGUGUUGUUCCAUUAACUGCUCCUAUAGAUCCUGCAUUUGAAGAUGAUCCUGCAUUAUGUAGAAUACAAUAUGCCAAUCUACCAGGAAUAUGUAAUGAACCAAAACGAAGUAUAUAUCCGGCUGUGCAACCCGUAAAACGUAAUUGCCGAAAAAUGUUGAAUGUUAAAACCGCGUUAAAUGUACAAUUAAGAACCACUAAUGUAUCUUCAUCGGAAAAUACCAUAUUGGUUUCCGUCGUAUUGGCAAAUAAUAAUGUUGAAAAUACUGGUUCGUUUAUUGUGGACUCGAUAAAAAUGAAUAUUCCUCAUGGCUUCGUAACGAAGUACGAAUGGAUGCAUAAAAAUGAGGCUGUGGAUGAAUUCCCAAUGACAUUACAUCCGGUUGAUCAGGCCACAUUUCUUUAUUACGUCACAAUACUCGAAAAGCCUCCUUUACCCAAAGCAGACCCACCGCAGCACUGUCCUACUCCAAGUCCAAAUUCUUGCGUAUCUUCACGUCGAAAUUCCGUUGCUUCCAUUUUUUCAAAUACCUCAUUCGAACCACCACCCUCUUCUGAAGAAGAUCAACAACGUCCCCUUUCCGUAAUAAUAAAAGGCUCUCCUAUAUUCGAGGGUGAGAAAUUGCCAUGUAUAGAAUCUGAAUGGAACUGCUUACUAGAUUUAUCUA